AUGUUGUCAUCUUUCUUUGGGAAGAUACUGAGGACACAAACAACGGGUAGAAUCCUAAGCCAAGCGGGACGUUUCAUCCCCAAGAAACAGCCUCUUCACACUCAACGGUUCUUAAGCACCAAGAUCCAGCUGAGAAGCUACCAAGAAGACUGCAUCCAGUCGGUUUUACAGUCCCUGCAAAAUGGACAUAAAAGGCUGGGCAUUUCGCUGGCCACUGGCAGCGGCAAGACUGUCAUCUUUACUCAAUUGAUAGAGAGGAUACAGCCAAGGCAAGACCGCGCCACGCAGACUCUCAUCCUCGCCCAUAGGAGAGAGCUCGUGGAGCAAGCUGCGAGGCACUGCACCAAUGCGUACCCAGACAAGUCCGUCGACAUUGAGAUGGGGUCUCUGCAUGCCACGGGCACUGCAGACAUUACCGUUGCUAGCCUCCAGAGCAUCACAUCCGGAGAACGACUGGAUAAGUUCGACCCCGAGAGAUUCAAGCUGGUCCUCGUUGACGAGGCUCAUCACAUCGUUGCUCCCGGAUACAUGCGCGUACUCCGUCAUUUCGGCCUUGACACCAAGCAGGCCGACUCUCCCUCCCUCGUGGGCGUGUCGGCCACCUUUUCACGGUUCGACGGCCUGAAACUCGGCGCUGCUAUUGACGAGAUCGUCUACCACAAGGACUACGUAGACAUGAUCGGCGAUAAAUGGCUGUCAGACGUUAUCUUUACUACAGUCGAAUCGACAGCCGACAUAUCCAAAGUCAGGAGCGGUGCCAACGGCGACUUCCAAGCAGGAGAACUCUCCAAGGCCGUCAACACCGAGAAAAUUAACGAAAUCACCGUGCGAAGCUGGCUUGCAAAGGCAGCAGAAAGAAAGUCGACUCUCGUGUUCUGUGUCGACCUGGCUCACGUCGCGGGACUGACGCAAACGUUUCGCAAACACGGAUUCGACGCAAGAUUCGUGACUGGUGAUACGCCAAAAGUGGAAAGAAGUACCAUCCUGGAAGCAUUUCGGGGGGGAGAGUUUCCCGUGCUUGUAAACUGCGGAGUGUUCACCGAGGGGACGGAUAUCCCAAACAUUGACUGCGUCAUUCUCGCUCGUCCCACGCGAUCUCGGAACCUGCUCGUACAGAUGAUUGGCAGGGGCAUGAGGUUACACAAAGGCAAGACGGACUGCCAUGUCAUUGACAUGGUUUCCAGUCUUGAGACUGGCAUCGUCACAACACCGACGCUCUUCGGCCUUGAUCCGGGGGAGAUUGUUGACCAGGCGUCGACGGCGGAUAUGCGUAAGACUAGUGAGAGAAGGGAGGCAGGAAAGAUUCGACAGCACCAAGCUUACGACGCGCCCUCAAGCUCUCAAUCCGUGUCCGCGGGCUCGGUCACUUUUACCGACUAUAACUCUGUGUUCGAUCUCAUCGAGGAUGCAUCGGGGGAGAAGCACAUUCGGGCCAUCAGCCAUUAUGCCUGGGUACAGGUUGGCUUGGACAAAUAUGUUCUCUGUGCCCCCAACGGCAGCUUCAUCAGGAUUUCCAAGCUGGAUGUCGAGGGUGGGAAAAACCAGCCAGCUUGGCAGGCUGUUGAGGUCAGGGCCCUUCCGCCUGGCAUUUCCAAGUCACCAUUUGCUGCUCCGAGAGAACUCUUAAGGGCCGCCACGUUCACCGACGCCGUGCACGGCAGCGACAAAUACGCCUCGGAAGUAUUUCCUCAUGUAUUCAUCCACCGGUAUCAGCGCUGGAGAAAGGGGCCGCCGACUCAGGGGCAACUCGACUUCCUCAACAAGCUGCGUACGAAACAAGAACCGUUGACAGCCGAGGAUGUGGACAAGGGCAAAGCAACUGAUAUGAUCACCAAGAUGAAGCACGGGGCGAGGGGCAGGUUUGCCAAUAUCAUGACGGAGAAACGGCGUGUGGAACGCCACAGCCAGAAGAAAGCCCAGCAAGAGGCACGGGAAAAGGUGUCGGUUGGGCCUAUAUCGUCAUGA